UAGUAUAAUGACAAGCAAAUUAAAGUGAGGAUGCAAACAAGUAGGCUUUUGUUGUGUUCCUCCUCCGCCUCCUCUUCAAAUCAGUUGUUGUUGUUUGGUUCAGCCGUCACUCUAACUCUUCCCUCUUGUCUUAGAUUCCCAUCACUCUCUUUAACGAUCACUAAUUCAACUUCUUCUUCGAUUCGCUUCAAUUCCAUACGCUCCACUUCUUCACAAAUGGCUUCAAAGGAUUCUCAAGAUCCGCGUAUUGCUAGAAUUUCAUCUUCGAUCCGUAUCAUCCCCGAUUUUCCCAAGCCAGGGAUUAUGUUUCAAGAUAUCACCACACUGCUUUUGGAUACAAAGGCUUUCAAAGAUACCAUUGAUUUGUUUGUUGAGAGGUACAGAGAUCAAAACAUUUCUGUUGUCGCAGGCGUUGAAGCAAGAGGCUUUAUUUUUGGCCCACCGAUUGCUUUGGCGAUUGGAGCAAAAUUUGUUCCAAUGAGGAAACCCAAAAAAUUGCCAGGCGAGGUUAUCUCAGAAGAGUAUUCUUUGGAGUAUGGAACUGACAAAAUAGAAAUGCACGUAGGGGCUGUACAAACUGGAGAAAGAGCCUUAGUCAUAGAUGAUCUUAUAGCCACUGGUGGAACCUUAUGUGCUGCGAUUAAACUACUAGAACGUGUUGGGGUGACUGUUGUUGAGUGCGCUUGUGUGAUCGAAUUACCAGAAUUAAAGGGGCGAGCAAAGCUGGGCGGCAAGCCGUUGUUCGUCUUAGUUGAAGGAGAAGGAGCCUGAUAUUUGUUGCUGUGAUUAUGUUCUAGUUAUUGACCAUUUGAGCUGGCUCUUUUUUUGAGCAUUAUUGGUGAUUUUAGAUGGGAUUAAAUGCUGAAAGCUCGAGCGUUUGUGAGCUCAGUUCACAUUAAGGGCUAUUUUUAAAAUAAAAAUAUUAUGUGUUUUUUUAUUAAAAGAAUCAACAGACAGGUCAGGCUCGAACUGUAUGUAACAUUAUCCUAUUUUAUAAUAUUGAAGACUUAAUUGUUUGCUUGCCAUUUGGUGGCUGAA